AGGCACGUCACUUCUUUCAGACAGAGGCAUACAUACCCACCCCACACGCACAGAUCCACUCACUGUCUGUCCGAUCAUUGACAAUCAACUAAGCACACACACCACAGCGGAAACCGCGGUCGGCAACUAACGGAGGCAUACAUAAGCCAAAUGCACAGACAGCACACCACAGACAGACAGAGCAGUACACAUGCAUGCAUGCCGCAGACAGACAUUCACACACAUUCACAUUCACAUACGCCGUUAGUUACAGACAGACAGCAGGCAACGGUGGGUGAGUGAGCAUAUAUCCACCACACUCACACAUAGACACACACACAUCCAUACAGAGAGAGAUGGGUGGGUGUGUGCAUGUUUGUGUGUCCUAAUUUGUGCUGGCACUCUCUCUCACUCUCUCUCUGUCUGUCUGUCUCCUUGAUUUGGUGGUGGCCGUGGGGACGAUGCGCAGCGCACAGGAGCCUGUCUCUCUGACUUGUUUCGGCUCUACUCUUCUAGGUGCAGGGGCUGGAAGCUGCCGUCCCCGUUGACAUAUCCCAACUCAGGCCACGCGAAAUGGCAGUCAGUGUCGCCCUGACACACACACACACACAUGCACGAUUUUAUCGAUUUCGAUCGCUGAGCGACUGACCAGGUGCUGAUUGAAGCCCUUCUGGAGGCCCUGCAGGCCACCACGUGCGACCGCCUCGUCCAUCCGUGCCUUGUGCACGACCUCACGUAGCCCCAGCACUCGCCCCUUGACGCCAUCCACCACUUGGAAGCACUGCAGCGGCACCCGUACCGUCGCCCCGCCCACGUCGGCCAUCCCCCCCACCACCUGCCUGUUGCUCUCCGUCUUGAGCGCGGCACUCAUAACAAAGUGCUCCACGGCCGAGUGGAUGCGUCUGCCGAAUGUGGUCUGGUGGCUGAGGUUGAUCGUCCUCUUAAUGUCCGUGGCUGCCUUGUGCUGGUCGAAGCAGAGGGCGGCGAUGUGCCAGCCCAUCAAGGCCCCCUCGCCAUCCCCCAGUGCGAGGCGGGACGGCGCGGGGUCUUCGCCGUCGCUGUGGGGGGCGAGGGGCAGUAGGUGGCUCAGGUGGGCAGCCAGCUCUCUGUGCGGCCUCAAAGCUCCAUUGACGGCAGCCAU